UUAAUAUGACUGAAAUGGCGAGCUUGUUGAGAACACUGUGUUUCUGCAUGGCAUCCGUGCUGCUCUGUGCUACACUUGGCAGAGCCGUACCUACAAACUGCUGCCUCACCACUGUCAAAAUCGUUCUUCCCCCGAAGAACAUCAGAGACUACCACUGGCAGAAGGUCCCACUGUGCCCAAUAGAAGCUGUUGUGCUCACCACAGUAAAAGGAGUUCAAGUGUGUUCGGACCCCAAGAAACCCUGGGUGAAGAAAGCUGUGAAACACGUGGACUCAUUGAAGAGGCCCCAGGUUUCAGCUGUGACGACUCAAGCACCAUUAACCAAUGCAACAGAGUCCGCUAGGAACGCAACUUCACUAGCACAGGCCUAAGAUAGAAGAGAAACAUACCAAUGAUGCUGCGUUCACUUUUCUAGAAGAUAUUAUAUGUAGAUGCACUUGAAUGUGUGGCGUAACCUUGCAUUUUAUCAUUUUAAAGUUUAAAAAAAAAAAAAAAAAUCUUAGGUCUUUUUUUCUCUUUGAGAGAAAAAAGAGAGCAUGUAUGAAAUAUGAAGCAAGUGACAUUUAAUUUAUGAUUGAGUUUCCAUGUGUUGAGUAUCUUCUAACGUACAUCCCCACAUAUUCCUGUACAGUAUGCUUUUUGUUUAUAUGCCUGAAGUAAUAUAUAAUGUUGUGUAAAUAUUGUGUAAAUAUUUAUUUUGUGUGUAUUGUUUCCCUGUCUUAUACUGGGUGGAAAGCACAA